AUGUCCCAGUCGUUCACCACAUCUGCCAUUCCAACGCCGUUUGAGCCUCACAGAGACACCCAUGUGCACCUACAGAAGGAGUCCGGAAAUGUCGGCAGUCCUGUUGAAAAGGCACUGCCAAUUUUAAGUUGUAUGUUGGCUGGUGGUUUUGGUGGCGCCAUUGGUGAUAGCGCCAUGCAUUCGCUUGACACAGUAAAAACAAGGCAACAAGGAUUACUGUUCAACCCAAAAUACCAGAGCAUGAUACCAGCAUAUCGCACCAUUUUGCGUGAAGAAGGAUUAUUCCGGGGCUUGUAUGGAGGGUAUGUUCCAGCUAUCCUCGGUUCGUUUCCGUCUACAGCAGCAUUUUUCGGCACAUACGAAUUUACCAAACGUGCCAUGAUCAACGACUUGCAGGUGAACGACACCGUCGCAUACUUUCUAGCUGGAAUUUUUGGUGACUUGGCCCUGAGUGUUUUUUAUGUGCCCUCGGAGGUGUUGAAAACUCGUUUACAGUUGCAGGGUCGUCACAAUAACCCAUAUACGCAAGGCUGUGGUUACAAUUAUCGCAACUUCCGCGAUGCCGUGGCUUCCAUAUCAAAGACUGAAGGUUUGCUGGCGUUAACCUUCGGGUACAAGGAAACUUUAUUCCGUGAUUUGCCCUUCAGCGCCUUGCAGUUUGCUUUUUACGAGAAGUUUCGCCAAUGGGCCAUUGCAUACAACCACCAAUCUCUGGACUUGCCCAUCUCGCUAGAGAUAGCCACUGGAGCUGCUGCGGGCGGCUUGGCUGGCACCUUGACUACCCCACUAGAUGUGAUUAAAACGCGAAUCCAAACCGCUACCAUAGAUACGGCCGGUGCCCUGAGACAUCUCACGGCUGAUCUGGCCACAUCCCUCGUGACUAAAUUUAUGCACCGCUUCUCUACCCUUGGUGCAUUGCAUUCUAUCUAUUCCAAUGAAGGCAUUCGGGGAGUAUUCUCCGGUGUCGGCCCACGUUUCAUAUGGACGGGGAUUCAGAGCUCUAUUAUGUUGCUUCUUUACCAAAUGACAUUGAAGCAGCUCGACUCGCUUCUUGAUCCCGCUGGCCUGUUCAAUGCUUGA